UAGUAUAUAAAUAGUUGCGUUGUUAUAUAACAUUUAUCUUCAGCUUCCAUCUUCAGGAUUAGCUGAGAUCUUGGUUUGAGUAUAGAGAUAAUUGGGCGUUAUAUCAGGAUGUUCAUGUUACUGUUCUUUGUACUGAGUGGGGUGAGUUCUCUUCCUCCCUACAAUUCUCCUGUUGAGACAGGUUCUAAAGCUUCUGAACCUGCCAAGAAAGAUUUGCCGAAUCCUGUGUAUCAAGCUGUACAGAACCCUAAUUACCAAGCUGCUGUACCACAGAAGCCUGCUGUACAGAACCCUAAUUACCAAGCUGGUGUACCACAGAAGCCUGCUGUACAGAAGUAUGAGAGUUAUGCUGAUGCUGGUUAUGAUGGUAGCUGGGACGCUAACAAUGGAAACUACAAGUCUGAUGAUAGUGGUCCUGUUACACCUUUGGGAACUACCACUGGAAAUACUAAAUAUGAACCAAUGGAUGCUCAAUACUAUACUCCGGACGAAAUAUUUAAAUCUGGAGAUAAAAAGGAUUGCCAUCCUGUAGAAAAAAUUGUCUAUGUCAACGAAUGUGUUCCCUUUGUUGAAAAGACUUGUUAUACUCAACAGAAGGAAGUUUGCAAAGAUAUCUUUGAGAAGAAUUGCACAGCUGUUGUUGAUCAGUUUGAAGAUCGGCAAUGUAUUGAUGUUACUGAACUUCUCUGCUCCUUGGCCGAAGUUGUGGAAUAUGAGAUCGUCGACGAAUCUUAUUCCGUCCAAAGAUGUACAACCGUCUCGGACAGAGUUUGUGACACUGUUUAUGAUUUAGCAAUUGCAACCAAGGAUGAAUAUGCAUGUGUGGAUGUUGAUUUCACUUACUGUUGGGAUGAAGACAAGGUUGUAAAAGAUCGGACCUGUAUUUUCUCUGUAGAUCAUGAUUGUGGAAAGUUCAAGCCCAAGGAUGGGAAAGGAAGUGUUACUUGUGAGAAAGUGCCAACCAAGAAGUGCUAUGAUACUCCAAGAAAGGUUAGAGAACAGAUCUGUCACCCUAGAUCCAACAAGUUCUGUGAGAAGUUUACCAAUGAAUUCCCCUACCCAGUAGAAAAACAAAACUGCCAUUCAGAGCCAAUGAAAAAAUGCGAAAUAGAGACUCUGAGCCGUCCCAAGAAGGCCAAGAAGUAUAACUACGUGAAAGAAUGUAAACCUAUUGCCCGCCAGGUUUGUGACAAAGUUGAGAGGAAAAAACUUCGACCUGUGUGUGACAAGGUGCAGAAGAACGUGUGCAGUUACGCCCCUGUUGAGCAGUGCAAGGAGGAGAACAAGCAGUACUGCUACAAGGCAGAGAAGGUCGUCAUUGAAAAAGUUUGCACGGCAGAACGAGUUCAAACCAUUGACGAAAGUUUUAAUUAUGUCUAAUUUUAAAUAUGUAUAGACUUAAAAAUAUAUAAUUUUACUAUUU